CAGUGGAAAGACUUGUUGGCCUGUUCUUCACUGGCUUGUGGGACAGCACUUCCAAUUUGGCAAUGGAUCAGAAGGACUGAAGAGCACUUUGGCUCCCACCAAUGUUUCUUAGAGCUGCUAAAACAGGACCAAUGAAGAUGUUCACCAGACUCCAAGUCCUUGCGCUAGCUUUAUUUUCGAAAGGAGUGUUCCUUUCUCUAAGCGACCACAGCUUUGUACGGAAGGAAAUUAAGAUAGAAGGAGACCUGGUCUUAGGUGGCUUAUUCCCAAUCAACGAAAAAGGCACUGGGAUAGAAGAAUGUGGGAGAAUCAAUGAAGACAGAGGCAUCCAGCGCUUGGAGGCGAUGUUGUUUGCCAUUGAUGAAAUCAACAGAGACAACUACUUACUGCCAGGAAUUAAGCUUGGAGUUCACAUCUUGGACACAUGUUCCAGGGAUACGUAUGCCUUAGAACAGUCUUUGGAGUUCGUCAGGGCAUCUUUGACUAAAGUGGAUGAAACAGAGUAUAUGUGCCCUGAUGGCUCAUAUGCCAUUCAAGAGAAUUUACCAUUACUCAUUGCAGGAGUCAUAGGCGGUUCCUAUAGCAGUGUCUCCAUACAGGUGGCAAAUUUGCUGAGACUCUUCCAGAUCCCCCAGAUAAGCUAUGCCUCCACCAGUGCCAAGCUGAGUGACAAAUCCCGCUAUGACUAUUUUGCGCGGACAGUGCCCCCUGACUUUUACCAAGCAAAAGCAAUGGCUGAAAUCUUACGGUACUUCAACUGGACUUAUGUGUCAACAGUUGCUUCAGAGGGAGACUAUGGGGAGACAGGGAUCGAAGCCUUUGAGCAGGAAGCUCGCCUCCGCAACAUCUGCAUAGCCACCUCCGAGAAAGUGGGCAGGUCCAACAUCAGGAAGUCCUACGAUGGCGUGAUCAGAGAGCUGCUCCAGAAACCCAACGCCAGAGUGGUGGUGCUCUUCAUGAGAGGUGAUGACUCUCGGGAGCUCAUUGCAGCUGCCAACCGCUUCAACGUUUCCUUUACCUGGAUUGCCAGUGAUGGAUGGGGAGCUCAAGAGAGUAUUGUCAAGGGCAAUGAGCACAUAGCUUCUGGGGCAAUAACCUUGGAACUUGCUUCCCAUCCAGUUAAAGAGUUUGACAGGUAUUUCCAAAGCCUCAGCCCCUACAAUAACAGACGCAAUCCCUGGUUCAAGGACUUCUGGGAGCAAAAAUUCCAGUGUAAUCUCCAGAACCGAAAACCACAUAAAAAGGCUUGUGACAAGCACUUCACCAUCAACAGUUCCAACUAUGAGCAAGAAUCCAAGAUCAUGUUUGUUGUGAAUGCUGUGUAUGCAAUGGCCCAUGCCUUGCAUAAAAUGCAGCGGACUCUGUGUCCAAACACCACCAAACUCUGUGAUGCCAUGAAGCAUCUGGAUGGAAGGAAGCUGUACAAAGAUUAUCUCCUGAAAGUAAACUUUACAG